UGUGCCGAAAUGCAUUUGUCGAAGUCAAACGUUUGGGCUCCAAGAUGGCGGACGAGUCAGCUCCCUUUUAUCUAGUAGCUCUAGGCGGGCCGGUUGAAAGGAACGACGCGAGAUUUUUAUUGAAUAUUUGCAGAUACAAUAAACAAUUGUAUAGACAAUUAUGCAAUCAAUCGUUCUUACGUAGGACUACUUUGGACAGCCUAGAUUUAUUCCUAUCGGGCUGAGAAUCGUCGACGUUCGAGUCACUUCAAGUCGAACGAGGCGCUACGGAAGAAAGCUCGGUUCUUUAAAUACGUGUAAUUUAUACAUUGUGAAAAUAUGAUCGGGAUGAGAAUGAACGCGUUCAACGAUACCGGGCUUGGAGAACCGGAGCAAGAUGCGAACACGGCUCUCAUAGAGCUCGACAAAGGUCUACGCUCUACCAAGACUGGGGAGCAAUGCGAAGCCAUAGUGCGUUUUCCUCGACUGUUCGAGAAGUAUCCCUUCCCGAUAUUGAUCAACUCGUCCCUGCUGAAACUGGCCGAGGUGUUCCGCACCGGCAGCAACUUCCUACGAGUGUGGGUCCUAAGAGUGUGCCAGCAGAGCGAGAAGCAUCUCGACAAGAUCCUCAACGUGGACGAGUUCGUGAGGCGCAUUUACAGCGUCAUACACUCCAACGAUCCAGUCGCCAGGGCUCUUACUCUGCGUACAUUGGGCAGCGUAGCCGGCAUCAUUCCUGAAAGGCAACAGGUGCACCACAGCAUAAGAAGAUCCUUGGACUCUCACGAUUCGGUGGAAGUGGAAGCUGCGAUAUACGCCGCCCAGAUGUUCGCGGCGCAGUCCAAGCUGUUCGCUGUGUCCAUGUGCAGUAAGAUUUCCGACAUGAUCAGAGGACCAGCCACUCCCGCCUCCAUGAAGCUGCAGCUUAUACCGAUUCUCCAGUACAUGCAUCACGAUACUUUUACAGCCGCAAUGGUGAACGAAUUGUGUAUGGAGCUGCUCGCGAGUUAUCCGGCAGUGGAGUUUGUCAGAGUCACUCUGAGCGCACUGAGCACCCUGGCCUCUGCGACGCUGAUAGACGUGCCGCAACAGGUUGCGUUAUUGCUGCGGUAUUUGCAGGACGAUCCGAGGCUGUCUGUUAAACGCCACGCCUUGCAUCUUUUGCACAGUUUAGCUAGAAGAGGGGCGCAUCUCUGGCCGCAGGGCGCCCUUAAUAAUUUAAUUGACACGACGCUCUUGCAAGACGGCGUGGGAAAUACAGAUCUUCUCAUCCGUACUUUAGACGUAAUCGAGGUACUGAGCCAAAAUGCUGCAACGUGCGACGCAAAUAUGGAGGAAAAUAGUCCCUUGUUGCAGUUGUGUUUAAACGCGUGUUACUCGCCCAAUCCGUUUGUCGCAGUAAAAGCAAUCACUAUACUUUCUAGAGUUGCUUGUUACUGUUAUCAAGAGGGAUUGCCCGCUUAUGGUAUACAGGACGUGAUUUCCUGUCUCGAAUCUCUGAUCGUGUUGCUAGUUUUGGACGACAAACAUUUGCACCAGUUGAAGGCGUGUUUACGGUCGACAGUGAAGCUGUGUCAGUCGCAGCCCAAUCAUUGCGCUAUAUUUGUCGACGCUAUUGGUUCUACCCUCAUCAACGCCAGUGCGGAAAAUGGUCAGAACGAGAUGCAGACGGUCGCGCUGUGCGAAGCUCUAGGCGCUAUCGGUAGCUUGGGAGAGAACACAUUGCUGCCGCUUUUGCCAGAUAUUUUGAUCAAACUUAAACAGACGUCUCAUGUACACACGAAGGUGAUGCUUUGCACAUUGCUAUUCCAAAUGGUGGCUGGGGGAUACGAAUGGAACUCUGAAUGCCUGGAGGCGGUGGAGAACGUCGUGAGAAACGUCGACGGUUGGGCAAAAUAUCGCAUUGCGCGUAGCGCCGCGAGAUACGGCCAUCAUACAAUUGCCAGCGAGAUAUAUAAAGGUCUGAAAGAAACUGUAGCGUCGGAGCAGCUACAUUUCUGGCUGUCCGGUUUAGAGUUGGUUACAAAAGCGGAAUGCUGCCUUAUGAAUAAGACGGAAGGCGGGACAAAUAUGAAUAAAGCCGAGAUUGUGGAGAAAUUAAAUGGCGCGGUAGCGCGUUACGCGAGCGCUUGCGCGUCCCUCAAAGCCGCCAGCACUCCGUUGCGCAGCUUGCAAUUUCCAAGCGAAUAUUCGAAAUUGCGCUGUGAAUUCUUGCAGUCUAUAGCGCAAUUACUACACUCAUGCAUAUCUUUAUGUACCGCACCACCACCCGCUAUAGCCGUCACAGUUGUCAUCGCGACGAAGGACGAUCUCCAGAGGUACGGACGCGUUACACAUCAGUUAAGGAAAUCGGCGCAAGACUUGAAAAACUGUGCGGAAAAUUACCAGAGGCUGUACCAGUCAGCCUUCGACGCUGAUCCGGGAUCGUUGACAAACAUUCGGGCAUUACAGGAAAUAUGCCGGUUACUCGCAAACAGCGUGGAACGCGUUUGCGGUGGACCUGGUAUCUCGCUGUAUCAGCAGCAGAGCGAUCCCGUGAAUUUUCACUUCGGCGAUUCCGUGGAGAUGCGGCAGCUGGCUCGUUGCUGCGCCGAGCUGCGCCGUUUAGCGCCAGCCUGGGUGGGCGGCGACGGCAAGGCCGGAGCAAUCAGCCAUAUGAGGGUCAGCUGCUUGAUCUCGCAAGUGACGCUGCUCGCCGGCGGAACAAUGAGAUUGCCGAUCCCGCGGUAUUUCUUCCAAACCUUGCAGACUACUAGCAUCAAGCUGUCAGUGUCGCCCCAACCGCGUGUUCUCGGCGAGCCGGUUUCUGUGCCGCAGGGAAGCCAGCUAGCGCUCAAAGUCGAGGGGGUAUUGCGACACGGUCGUCGGGCGUCGCUCUUCCGUUCUGUCGCUGCCGUGUGCAUUUCCAUCUCGACGACGCCGCCGUCGAAAAUAAAUUCUGAUCAAAGGGAUUCCAACAUAAACGAAUUGCAGCAAACGGUAACACCUCAUCGAGAUUUCUUUGCUUGCGAGUUUUUACUGUCCUUGGGAAUACCUGGACCUACGAUUAUACCUCCGUGCACGAUUGGUGCGAACACUGUCCCGGGUAGCGGUGGUCAAUAUCAAAUCACGGCGAGCGCGAGCAUACUCGACAAGGACGGCAAUGUGUGGAAGUGUGGUCCACGUUCCACUCUCCCGGUUAAAGUACACGAGGAGCCAACGAAGAGGAAGUUACCUUAAGGACACGCAGUAUAUUUUGUAUUUUUAUGAUAAAUUUCAAUAAAUUCAAACGUGACACGUCUCGCGACCUCGCUUUUAAUAUAAAAA